AAGCCCAAUGACACACGUGGAAAAUAUCCUAAUGUUGUAAUGAGAAGAAUUCUUAAUGGACAGGAAGUAGCAUGUAAAUCAAAUUCAACGACCGAAGAAGAUACAAAGGUGCAAAGGCAACUUGAAAUUUUAACGAAGAUAUCUGAGUGUAAACAUAUACUUAGAUUUUAUGGUGUAUCAAAAAUUGAUGAUAUUAAUAUAUGGGUUUUUGAAUGGGCACAUCGUGGAACUUUGAAAGAACUAUACGAAACAAAGGAUAUUCAAUGGCAUUAUAAGGCUCAAAUUGCUCUUAACAUUUGUCGUGGGCUUAUAUUUUUACAAAAAGCUGAAAUUUUACAUCAUGACCUUAGAUGUGAAAAUAUCUUGAUGACAGAAAGUUUAGAACCUAAAAUUUAUAAUUUUAAGUUGGCGCGUUAUUAUAGUGGGAACACCACUACGUUGAAGGAAGAAGAUAAUGAAGCCGUGCGUUGGUUAGCUCCUGAAAAAUUAAUCGGCUUCAAGUCAAGAUAUACGGCACAAUGUGAAAUGUUUAGUUUUGGUAUUCUACUUUGGGAACUUGCUUUUGAGAAAAUUCCGUACAGAAGUUUGAAAGUAGACGAAAUUAGAGACUUUGUGAUUAAAGGUGGUAGGGAAAUAAUUAAAUUUGGAGAUUCUACUCCUGAAAUUUCUAAACUCCAAGAAGAUUAUAAAAGAAUUAUAAGUGGCGGUAAUUAUACACGUUUCUUCAAUUUUUAUAAUUACUAA